UACAACAAUCUCAAUCACAUUCUCAGCAAAUCGAAAUCAAAAGAAAGUAAAUUUGAGAUUCCCAGAAACUCACAAAUGGCUCGUACCAAGCAAACGGCUCGCAAAUCCACCGGAGGAAAAGCACCGAGGAAGCAGCUCGCGACCAAGGCGGCGAGGAAAUCAGCUCCGGCCACCGGAGGAGUGAAGAAGCCACACAGAUUCCGUCCAGGAACCGUUGCCUUGAGAGAGAUCAGGAAGUACCAGAAGAGCACAGAGCUUCUGAUCCGUAAGCUUCCGUUCCAGAGAUUGGUUCGUGAGAUCGCUCAGGAUUUCAAGACGGAUCUGAGGUUCCAGAGCAGUGCAGUCGCGGCUCUUCAAGAAGCAGCUGAGGCUUACUUGGUCGGGCUCUUUGAGGACACUAACCUUUGCGCGAUUCACGCCAAGAGAGUCACUAUCAUGCCUAAGGAUAUUCAGCUUGCCAGGAGGAUCAGAGGAGAGAGGGCUUUGAUUUCGAAAAUGGCUCGUACUAAGCAAACCGCUAGGAAAUCCACCGGAGGCAAAGUACCAAGGAAGCAGCUCGCGACCAAGGCGGCGAGGAAGUCCGCUCCCGCCACCGGAGGGGUCAAGAAGCCGCACAGAUUCCGUCCCGGAACCGUUGCCUUGAGAGAGAUCAGAAAAUACCAGAAGAGCACGGAGCUUUUGAUCCGUAAGCUCCCAUUCCAGCGUCUUGUUCGUGAGAUUGCUCAGGACUUCAAGACGGAUCUGAGGUUCCAGAGUAGCGCCGUCGCUGCUUUACAAGAGGCUGCUGAGGCUUACCUUGUUGGUUUGUUUGAAGACACUAACCUCUGCGCGAUUCACGCUAAGAGGGUUACAAUCAUGCCUAAGGAUAUCCAACUCGCCAGGAGAAUCAGAGGUGAACGAGCUUGAAGACUCUGGUUACGCUAUCUCUUGCUUAUGGUUUAAUUAGUCUAUGGGUACUCUAUUUCUGGGAUUUUGUUCGCGUUUAUCUAAUUGGUUCUUGUAAUAAGUUUGGUGCUUGGAUCGUUUUUUAAUUUUCAGUUGGUUAGUGUCUUUAAGGUGUUCGACGAAAUAUCCCAACGAAAGUUUUUAAUAUAUAACGUAUUUGCUUAAGUCUCUUGAAAUGUUUAUCUUUCCCAUGUGUU